GUAGCUUAGUUUGCUACGUAUCUUAAAAUCUGUCAGGUUGUUUUAAACUGAGAUGCUGGAUGAGACAGACCAGUCACAGAAUGAAUGACUGAUAUGAAUACUCUAACUUAACUCAGUAUUUUGAUUUGAAUAAUGAACAGUGGGAUCGCACAUAGCAGAUUAUUCCACUUCUGGUGAAAUCUUUUCUCUGAAAGGUGUGUUCUUUCAUUUGGUAAAGCUUUCUCUUCAUCAAAGGUCAUAUGAUACAUAUAUAUAUAUAUAUGUAUGUAUAUAUGCGCUUAUGUACAUAUAAACACAAAUAUAUACACAUGCACAUGUAUAUAUUUUUUAUAUAUAUAUCAUUAUCAUUAUAUAUCAUUAUCAAGUGAUUCUGAUUUAGACAUACAUUCUUAUUUCCAUUGUUAUUCAGCAGGUUGAGCUUGAACCGCUAAGACAUGUCAGAUCUAAUACUGAUAAGUUUGCUCCCGAGAAAAUAGAAUCAUUCCAGCUGUGUAUUCUGUUUGUUGUAAGGAUUAAGGGUUCAUGCUGCUAACAUGCAUACCAGCAGGAGGAUUGACUUUGACAACCAAUAAACUGCUAACAGCCACUGUGUUCAUGUAGAAAUGCUGUGAACCUGGCGGUGUUAAAGUUGAACGAGCAGGGACUGCUGGACAAACUGAAAAACAAGUGGUGGUAUGACAAGGGAGAAUGCGGCAGCGGAGGAGGGGAGAGCAAGAGUGCCAGUAAACCUUGCCGUAUUGAAACUGAAUGAGCAAGGGACCCUAGACAAGAUGAAAAACAAGUGGUGGUACGAUAAAGGAGAGUGUGGCUUCAAGGAUUCCACUAAUAAGGAGAAAACCAGCGCUCUGUCUCUUAGUAACGUAGCAGGAGUCUUCUACAUCCUAGUUGGAGGCCUGGGUCUGGCCAUGAUGGUAGCGCUGGUAGAAUUCUGCUACAAGAGCCGUGCUGAGGCCAAAAAAAUGAAGAGGUACGGAAGAGGAUUAAGGCCACGUGGAAAAAAAUGA